UUCGCGCACUGGAAGGGAGUCGCAUGCGCACUCGCGACACACGGCCAGUGGUGCCGCUCUGACUAGCAAGCGCGGACGUGCAACAUGAGGACCAGUGCCGGAAUAACCUGUCUACUCGCCUGCGUUGCUUUUGUCAACGCGGGCAUCCUGCUCGAGCAUGCGCCUGAGUGCCCGGAACAUUAUGGAGUGCAGGCGUACGCCCACCCCGAACUAUGCGAUCAAUUCUUCCUCUGCACCAACGGGACCCUGACCGUGGAGACUUGCGAGAAUGGUCUGCUGUUUGACGGCAAGGGCGCUGUGCACAACCACUGCAACUACCAUUGGGCGGUCGAUUGCGGACACAGGAAAGCUGACUUGGUUCCCUACUCUUCUCCCGGCUGCGAGUUCCAGUUCGGCAUCUACCCGGACAGCGAGGAGUGCUCCACCAGCUACGUCAAGUGCGCCUACGGCAUCCCUGAGCAGGAGCCCUGCACCCCGGGUCUGGUCUACGACCACCGAACCCAUGGAUGCAACUGGCCUGAUCUGUUGCAGCCGUUCUGUAACCCUGAAGCGGUCGUCGGCUUCAAGUGCCCAACGAAAGUGCCCGCCAACACGCAAUCCGCCAAGUUCUGGCCCUUCCCCCGCUUCCCCGUGCCCGGCGACUGCCACCGCCUGAUCACCUGCGUGGAGGGCCAGCCCCGCCUCAUCACCUGCGAGGAAGGCAAGGUCUUCGACGACCAGAACCUCACCUGUGAAGACCCCGAGCUCGUACCUCACUGCGGACACGCGUGAUUGCGUCAUGAUUGUGUUGCGAAACGAAAAUGUUUC